AUGGCUUCCAAGCGGAUCCCGAAGGAACUCAAGGACCUUCAGAAAGAUCCUCCAACCUCAUGCAGUGCUGGUCCUGUAGCAGAAGAUAUGUUUCAUUGGCAAGCAACUAUAAUGGGUCCCCCUGAUAGCCCUUAUGCUGGAGGUGUUUUUCUGGUUACCAUUCAUUUUCCUCCUGAUUAUCCAUUCACACCACCCAAGGUUGCAUUUAGGACUAAAGUUUUCCACCCAAAUAUCAACAGCAAUGGUAGUAUUUGUCUGGAUAUCUUAAAGGAGCAGUGGAGCCCCGCUUUGACAAUAUCUAAGGUGUUGCUAUCCAUUUGUUCGCUAUUGACGGAUCCAAACCCAGACGAUCCCUUGGUGCCUGAAAUAGCUCACAUGUACAAGACAGACAGGUCCAAGUACGAGACGACUGCUCGGAGCUGGACUCAGAAGUACGCAAUGGGCUAG